AUGGCGACUCCCAUUACUAGUUUCCGUUUGGUAAAUGGUAGCAUCUUGCCAGCUAUUGGCUUAGGAUUAGGAACCUUCCAAGGCAAUGAUUGGAAUGAGGAAGUAAAGAACAUCGUGAAGGCGGCGAUUCAAGCUGGAUAUCGCCAUAUUGAUGGCGCAGUAGCGUAUGAAAAUGAAAAGGCUUUUGGAGAUGCUUCUAAGGAAAGUAGUGUCUUGAGAGAUGAGUUCUUUGUCACUACUGAACUAGCUCAAUCGUGGCACGAGCCUAAAGACGUCGAGCGUGCGUUGGAUUUGAGUUUGAAAGCUCUAGGCUUGGAAUAUGUCCCCCACGCCUACCUUCCAGGUCCAAAUAAUGGUACGACUCAACAUCCCAGCGGUAAUGGAAAGCCGGUGGUUGAUUGUGAACGAUCUCGCAAGUACACGAAACCUUGGCAAGCAAUGGAGGAGUUAGUGAAUAGCGGUAAAGCGAAAGCCAUCGGGUUGUCCAAUUUCAAUAUUCUCAAGAUUAAGCGGAUUUUGGAGGUUGCGAGAAUUCGUCCCGUGUUGUUGAAGUUUUCAUUCAACAACGAUUGGGCGCUGAUGAUAUUCAGCGUACGUGAGCUGCUUCAAUUUUGCAAGAAAGAGCACAUUCAUCUUAUGACCCAGCAGCCACUAGGAAGAAAGCCUCUUGAAGUAGUAGCUCCUCAUGCCGACAUCCCUAGACCUCUUUUUGAUACCAAGAUUGCUCAGAUUACCAAUCAGACUGACAUAACUCCGGCACAGCCGCUUUCUGAGAAUCUCUGCGUUGCGUCAUUAAGUGAGAAGCACUUUGCCAUCAUUAAUGGUUUGGCGACAACCAUUGAGAGUGGACCUGUGAGAUAUUUAACCCGUGUAACUAUCUACGAUUUGAUGUCUUUGACGAAGAUCCCGAUCAACCGGUGGAUAAUCAAGCACCUUGGGAAUUAUAGGGGGAUCCUGGUUAAAGCUAGUAGAGACAGUCCUCUACUAUCAGCGAAAGAUUUCAUGAGCUUGGUCGGGAAUUGGAGCUCAUGGAAGUUUUGGACUCUAGAGUGA